CUACCUACCUUAGCUCUUGACCAAUUUAUCUUAUCAAUCAGAUCUAAUCCCCUCGACGAACGCCUGGUAUAAAGCUCUCAAUUAAUACCGACACUUAUUAGUACCGCGAAAGGAGCCUUGAAUUCUCGAGUUAUUUCUGCUCGGUCUACCAUCCAAACCUCCAAACCAUGUCAGACCAAAUAACAGAAGCCUCGCUGAAGGAGGCAAUCACCGAACGUCUCAAUGCCAUUCAUGUUGAGAUCACAGACAUGUCCGGCGGCUGCGGCCAAUCCUUCACCUCCCUCAUCGUAUCCCCGCAGUUCGAGAAACAGACCUCUCUCAAACGCCACCGCCUCGUCAACGCCGCCCUGAAGGAAGAGAUCGCGCGCAUCCAUGCCUGGAGCGCCAAGUGCCAGACCCCUGCCGAGUUCGAGCGCGACAGAGCUGCCCGUGGCGGCGAGACGGAGGGCCCUCCACUAGACGGUACUGUCAAUGGGAAGGUGGAGGGCGUCAAGGACUAG